CCAGCUACACCCAGAUAAGAUCGAGGAAAAUAAGCUUGGAUUCCAAGAAGAAUAUUUGGAAAAUGAUUUCCUAUUCCUAAAGAACAACAAUGGACAGCCAAACCAACAGAGUGUAAAGCUAAGCAAAGAAGCUUUAACUUCCAGUAUAAAUUAAAGCUUACAAAUACGCAACGGCUCUUUCCUAACUAUUUUUUGUUCGACGGUCCAUUUCCCUUUGUGCGUUUUUGUUUUUGUUUUUGUUUUCGUUUCAGAUUUUCAAAUUAGCGUAGAACGGACUCUAAUAAUUAUUUUCAAAAAAAAAAGAGAGAGUAAAGUGCGGAGGAGAGAGAAGAAAACCCUUAAUUGGGGAUUUGGAUUUACCUUUUAGAUUCAAGUUCAAUUACGCCCCCUUUCAACUGGUCUGCGGCAUCUUUUACCAAAUCUUAAACCCUUUCAAGUACGUAACACUAUUGCUUUCCCGCUGCCGUUUUACUCUUUUUUGGUCUUGCCGUUUUGGAUUAGGCGGUGGCGGAAAUGAGCGUUGAAGGUGAGGCAACUCAACUUCGCGAUGCUGCCUUGCCAUAAUAAUAUCUCAGUAACCAAUGAACGAUCUACACGUCUCCCUCGAAGUCGAUGUCGUCGUUGGCGUCAGAGCCGUGCCGGUAUUGCCUUCGUUGCGGUUGCCGCGUUGCUUAUCUCUACUGUCGCUUGGCUUUCUCUUGUUUUCUCCGGCACUACCACUCAUCGGUGGCGUCGUUUGAAGUACUGGGAAGGGAGUCCACAUUCCCUUUCAGGUUCCAUACCCUGGUCUUCUUUUCCUGAUCGGUUACCGAUUCCUCCUCUUCCUCCUUGGUUUGAUUCGUCGCAAGACACUCCUCGUAACCGCAGUCUCUCUGAGCGUGGAAACGGAAAACGAGAGAUUUCGUUAAACGACAUCGUAUUCGGUAUAGCGGGAUCCUCGCAUCUAUGGAAGCGACGGAGAGAGAUAGUUCGGCUUUGGUGGCGACCUUUGGAAAUGCGAGGUCACAUUUGGUUAGAAGAGCAGGUCCCUACAGAAGAAGCCGACGAUUCGCUUCCUCCGGUCAUGGUUUCUGAGGACAUCUCGCGUUUCCGUUAUACUAACCCGACGGGCCACCCCUCCGGUCUCCGAAUCUCCCGCAUUUUAACGGAAUCCUUCCGCCUCGGUCUGCCCAAUGUCCGGUGGUUUGUUUUGGGAGAUGACGACACGGUUUUCAAUGUAGACAAUUUGGUGGCAGUCUUGAACAAAUAUGAUCAUUCGGAGAUGAUGUACAUUGGAUCGCCCUCGGAAAGUCACUCCGCUAACGCGUACUUCAGUCACUCCAUGGCGUUUGGCGGCGGUGGCAUUGCCAUCAGUUAUCCUCUCGCGGAGGCGCUCUCUAAUUUCCACGACGAAUGCAUUGAGAGGUAUCCGAAGCUUUAUGGAAGCGAUGAUCGUCUACACGCCUGCAUUACUGAACUCGGUGUUCCUUUAACUAGAGAACAUGGUUUUCACCAGUGGGAUAUUAGAGGAAAUGCGCAUGGUCUUUUAUCUUCUCAUCCAAUUGCACCAUUCAUUUCAAUUCACCAUGUGGAAUAUGUGGAUCCAUUUUAUCCUGGAUUAAGUUCGUUGGACAGUUUAAAGCUUUUUACGAAAGCUAUGAAAACUGAACCCAGGAGCUUUCUACAACGAUCAAUCUGUUACGAUCGUGAAAGGCAUCUCACCUUUUCGGUUUCUCUUGGUUAUGUUGUUCAAGUGUUCCCAAAUAUCGUGUUACCUCGUGAGCUAGAACGUUCAGAGCAUACCUAUGUUGCCUGGAAUAAAUUAGGACAUCCCCAAGAAUUUGAUCACGACACUAGGAAGUCGUACAAAUCUGUUUGCAAAAAGCCAGUUCUGUUUUUUCUCAAAGAUGUAAUGAAAGAUGGUAAUGCUACAUUGGGUUCGUAUUCCCGGGCCAAAGCCAAAGAUGAUCUGAAAAGGAAGGUUUUCUGCUUUCCGCAUCCGCCUCCAUUGCAGUAUGUGCAGAACAUCCAGGUUUUAGGGUAUCCUCUUGGAAAGAAUUGGCAUCAGGUGCCGCGUCGGUUAUGUUGCAAGGUAAACAAUACUGGUGAUGAAGCCUUUCAGUUGACGGUUGGGCAGUGUGAAAAGGGAGCACUCAGUUCUUUUACUGAUUCUCUGUGAAUGAUUGAGUUAUGCUGUUGAUUAUGUAUAUUCAGGCUUCAAGAUGGGACCUCAAGCUAUCUUGUGCAUUAUGCCUUUUAGCUGCAUUGAAGUUUUGGGCUGUGCCUUGAGAUCAACAUUUGGCUUUUUUCUUAUUUCUUACCUCCUAUAUCAACUAUUGGAGUGGUUUGUUGUACACACUACACAGUUGAUAGAGUUGAAGAUUUAGGUUGCAACUUCAACUCAGUCAUUCAAUUCUUGCCUUCAUUUUUGUUCAGAAGGUAAUUCAUCCUAUACUGAUAGCUAACAUUGUGAGCUUGUUGAUGUAGUGAAACUGGUAGUUAUUUGUGGAUAACAAAGAUUAAAGUAGUUAAUUUUAUUUCCA